GCCGGCACACCCUCUCUCCAGGCUGGGUGUAGGUUGUACGGGAGCUGAAGGACAGCCUUCCUUAGCGCUGAGAGCCAGGGUGGGGAGGAGGUGAGAAGGUUCCAGGGAAGGGAUAAUGUGUGCCAGCAGCUUCAGGAUGUAAAGUGAAGGGUGUGAACUGAACCCUAGUUUGGGGGGAAGAACUCCAAAUUCCUCAGUCCCCAUUCUGACAAGGGCUGGCCCCUUACAAGGCUCCCAGACCAACUGUGGAGAUCUCUGAGGUCCUUUCGUAGGGUCAGGCCUGUAUCCCAACCCGCUCUAAAGUCUCCUAGCCAUCUUUGGGGAGGGGAUAGAAAAGCCAAAUAAAGCUUGUCUAGGCUGCAAAGAAACUGGACCUUGCUGGGGGCCCUGGCCCCUUUUACUGUGUCUGUACUCCUUCAUUUGGACCAUUCUCACCUGACCUGGAGCCCAGAAGCUGAAAGAGCCAACCCAUGGGAGACUUCUUCUUCCCCCAUACCCACCUAUCUUGUCCAGGUCCACCUAGAAUGGGGUCAGGGCAGGUGGUUCCCAGACGUGCCCCUUGGUUCCCUGGGGUGUCCCUUUCAUGCUGAGUCAUGUCCCCAGAGCACUCCCUAGUAAACAAGCCCCUUGGGGUUGCGGGGGUGCAGGUGUGUCAGCUCAUCUUAUCAACUGUUCUCCACCCCCACCCCUAGUCCUUGUAUGUCCCCUGGCAGCAGCCACAGUAGGCCCAGGCCGCUGUGACACCAUAUACCAGGGCUUCGCCAAGUGUCUCAUCCGCUUGGGGGACGGCAUGGGCAGCGGAGGCGAGCUGGAGACUGUCUGCAGGUCUUGGAAUGACUUUCACACCUGUGCCUCACAAGUCCUAUUGGGCUGCCCAGAGGAGGCAGCUGCCGUGUGGGAGUCACUACAGCAAGAAGCACGCCGGGCCCCACACCCAGAUAACUUGCAUGCUUUGUGUGGCACCCCUGUGCAUGUUCAGGAGCGGGGCGCGGGCCCGGAGACCAACCAGGAGACGCUGAGGGCAACAGCGCCUGCACCACCCACCCCAACGCCCACACCCCCACUGCUGGCAGCUGCUCUGGUGCUUGCCUGCCUCCUGGGACCUCUGGCCUAGCCAGUCUGGUCAGGUAGUAGCACCCCCUCCUCCUACCCAGCUCGGGUGGCUGCUGUCGGGGCUCCUCAGAGCACUCUCGGCUUUCAUUAAAGGUAUUUAUAUUUGUAUUAA